CACAAACUCGAACAUCCAUUCACAUGAAUGCGCAUAAUAUACAUCACACACGCGCAAUAUGUUAUACACACACGCACAAACAGAAGUAGGUACACAUUAGUACACACUCACGCGCACGCGCACACCAACACGAACACGUAAUUAUAUGCAAACACAAGCAGACACGUGUGUUGUACUACUAAAGAAACACACAAACACGGUGACACAUAUAUGAAUGCAUGCAUCUUCUCUCUUUUUCUCGCUCUCUCUCUCCACACACACAAUCACACACACACACACACACACACAUACACACACACACACACACACACACACAUAUAUAUAUAUAUACACACACAUAUAGGAUAUGAAAAGAAACUUGCAUCAUUAUAACAUGCUUCUGAAUUAGACGAGAAGGAAAGCAAUACUUUGAAACAGAAAAUGUAAACAAAAUCUGGCGUCGUCACCACCACCAUCAUAAACAAUACCAACUCUAUAACCUCCACUACCACCACCACCACCACCACUAUCACCACGACUACUACAACUACAACGAGCGCCCCCUCCGUAACCACCACUACCGCCUUUACCACCACCAACACCAUCACUUCCACAACUGCCGGUGCUGCCAGAAAAGUCACUUUUAACUACCAACGAUUAUCACAACCACCUUAAUACUACUACUACUACUACUACUACUACUACUACUACUACUACUACUACUACUGCUGCUGCUGCUACUACUACUACUACAUCUAAUGAUAAUCAUCAUUACUAUGGUUUUGAUGAUACUCUAACUGCAGAUUUUCGGAACAAAUCCAAAUGCUUGACUACUGUUUAAAAACACAUUCAUAUAUUUAUUUAUAUAUGUUUAUAUAUAUUUACCUUUACAGCAUGUCGAGAAAAAAAGAAAACUAUAUUACCUUUCAGUAAAUGUUUAAGAAUAUCUAUGUUUUCUCUUCUUCUGAUAUUACGGUUGAAAAGUAGGAGGAAAAAACAAAUAAUAAAAAGGUUGCAUAAUAAUAACAAAGCGGAUACGUGUAUGAAUAUAUGAGAAGAAUUAGGGGAAAAAGAAGAGAAAAGAAAGAACAACAAUACAUAUAAUUUACAAGAAAAACACCAUGCUGUAAAGAUACAAAGACAUACAUUUACGUACACACAGAUAAUAUAAAUAUAUAUAUAUGUAUAUACAUAUAUAUUUGCAAUAACGGAUUUUGUCGUUCAGAUAAAAUGCACGGUCGUCAAAUAGAAGACGGAAGCUCGGAAUGGAAACUAGCAUCAAACUGCCAAAUUUCUAUGUAAUCUUGUUUAUAUUACUAUCUACACUAGGCUCUCUUGUUGCUUCUAAUAAGUGAUGUAAAAGAAUGAAGCGAGAUUAUAUGGACCAAAUGCUGCUUCUGGCCUUGCUAGUUCUGUUCUGGCAGUAUGGUGCCCAAGGCGCGUUGGUGUUGUCACAAGAGAAACGACUUAUAAAAACUUUGAUCGAGCAAUACCAAACCUCAGGUAAGACGGGCAGACCGGUGAACGACCCAAAUGAAACAAUUACAGUAGAAUACGGAGUAAGCUUAAUUCAGAUCCUGGAUUUAGACGAAAGAAACCAAAUAUUAUCAAUAAAUGUCUGGAUCACUUACCAAUGGCGAGACAUUUACCUGAAGUGGAACCCAGAAGAUUACGGAAUGAUAAAAAAUGUCAGAAUACCACCUGAUGCUAUUUGGAUGCCAGAUAUAAAACUUUAUAACUAUGCUGAUACCCGGUUAGAAGAGAAACGUGAUGCAUUGGUAGUCCUCAAAUACAAUGGUACGGUGUUCUGGAUGCCACAGGCAAUUUUUAAAAGUUCAUGUUCAAUAGACAUCACAUAUUUUCCCUUCGACGCACAGACUUGUUACUUAAAAUUCGGCUCUUGGACUUACGAUGGAAAUAAACUAGAUGUAAAAUUUUGGCAAAAUGUACAGGGAUUCGAACUUACAGACUAUGUGCCUAGUAACGAGUGGGAUAUUCUCGAUUCAUCUGCAAUUAAGCACACAAAAUAUUAUCCGUGUUGCUCGGAACCAUAUCCCGAUUUGACGUUUACAUUGAAAAUUAAAAGAAAAGUUGCUUUUUACAACUAUAUUUUGAUAUUGCCUUGCGUACUUUUAUCCUCUCUCACAAUGGUUUUGUUCUGGUUACCACCAGAAUCUCCGGCCAAAAUGCAGUUAGGGAUGAAUAUAUUUGUUGCCUUCUUCGUAUUGCUAUUACUAUUAGCAGAGUCAACACCACCUGCAGCCUCAGCAAUUCCACUAAUUGGAGCCUACUACUGUCUAAACAUGAUACUUAUCACUCUGUCCACAUUCUUGUCCGUCAUUGUGGUCAAUCUAUAUUUCCACGGAUCACGAUCUCGAGUGCCACCUAUCGUGAAAAAGGUGAUGGUUGAUUUUUUCGGUCGAAUGCUCUGCAUGCAAACACAGUUACUCACCAAAGAAGAGCUGCUGGCACUGAGGUGUAGAAAAAGAAAAAAUAGCAAAUCAAGCAAAGAUAGGAAAAAAAUGCAAGAAAUCAAAUAUGACAAAGUAGGAACUUUCGAAAUGCAAACCGAAGACAAUUGGGUUCGAAACCGAAACCCAAUUUUAGCAUCUGCUUUAGCGCCAAUUGUCAAUGGUACAACUAGUCUUGCUGGUGCAACAGCUAUAACACCGGCCUCUGAUAUUGAACAACAGUGUAAUGACGGAAAUCAAGGCCCUUGGCAGGCAAUUAAUACAUUGGAAGGUGAUGUUAAAGAAAUUAGAAGACACCUGCAAGAAAUGACAGACAAAGUCAGUGAAAAAGAAGCGGGCGAAAUAAUAGCCCGAGAAUGGAAGCACGUGGCCUUAGUUCUGGAUCGUAUAUUCUUUUUUAUGUAUCUCUCUUGCAUCGUCGCAUCUAUCAUGGUUAUAUUUCCUAAAGUCGCUUACCAUUUAUAAAACAGACAGAAACACAGAUGAGAAAAAAAAACGAGACAAAACAAAACAAAACAAAUAGCUCAAAUGCACAUUCGUAAUGAGUGACAUGAAUAUGGAUAAUAUAAAAUAUGGUGAUGACGAUGAUGAAGAUAACGACGGCGACGACUACAUUGAUGAUGACGAUGACGAUGUUGAUAAGGAGCACGACAAAAAUGAAACAUUUUUAAAAAUAGAAAAAAUAAAAUAAAAUCGGUAGAAAUAUAAAAUGUAACAAUAACGGAAAGUAUAAACUAAAUACGAAUAAAAGCAUUCAUUAUAAUAAGAUCACAACACAAUGUAUUAACACUAAUAAUGUCUAACAUACACAAGACGACGAAUGUCUAUUUUUUGUGUGGAGGGGUGGAGUAUAAUCCUUUGAAUGAAGCAAAAUACAUAACUGGUACUUACUUUAUCAAACCACAAUGAACAAGGUAAACGACAUCGCAUGGAUUUGAUUUCACCUAAGCAUAUGCGCCACUCUACCAGACACCAUACACCGAAAAAGGUGUAAGGCAAUAAUAGAUAUAAACUUGUUCUUUUAUAUCA